GACAGCCCCAAACAAUACAACUGCAGUUACAACUGAAAAAUUGAGAAGCAGGUGCCCAAAACAGACCCUUAAUUUAUCUAUAAUUCAGGUCAUGCCGGCUUAUAAGGCCCGGCAUGCUCCAGCGCUGCCCUUGUUGGAAGGACUUGCCAUUUCUGUUUCUCUGUUACUCUUCUGCAAUAACCAACAAUUAAAGAAGAUAAAGCAGAAAUUUCACAACCCUAGAUCCACGCCUAAAAUAGUAAAAUAACCUCUAUCCUUAUCCCUUCCCAUUCUCCUCUCCUGCUACCAUCUUCGCCUCAGAUGAAACCUAGGGCUAAGUAAAGCGCCAUUCCAGAAUCUCCAACACAAUCCCACGCCGGAGAUCAAUUCUACAGCGAUUCAUUGCAAUUCCGAGAAAAAUCGUGCUCGAGAUGGCUCAGGCGAGGAUCCGGCGGAGCAGAACAACACUCCUCGAACAGAUCUCCGUGAUGGAACCCACAAACCUCCGCGAUUUCCUCAAUAUCCGCCAGGAAGACAACAUCCCUGCUGCCGCAGCAACCGCCGCCGCCGCCGCCGGCCGACGUAGCGCCAACGCUGUAACCCUAGCGUCGAUCCUGGAGUCAGAGAAGCGCGGUGAGCGGAGACUUCUUGACAUCCUCCGGGAGGAAGAUGGAAGCAGGGGGAUCCAGCCGGAAGCGUCGGGGGGGAGAGUGAUUAGGGUUCCGUUGAUGACGUUGAUGGGGCUAACGGAAGAGGAGGUUGGAGAGAAAGCUACGACCGUCGGUGAUGUGGUGGCGGAGGAGAUGGUGUGCUGCGUGUGCCUGGUGAGGAAGAAGGGGGCGGCGUUCAUUCCUUGCGGGCACACGUAUUGCAGGGUGUGCUCGCGGGAGCUGAAAACCGGAAGGGGGAGUUGCCCCCUCUGCAACGGCGUCGUCGUUGAUGUCCUUGAUUUAUUUUGAUCCUUGAGUGCUUGCUAACCUGGUAAAGAUUUUGGAUUUCAAUUCUCUGUUAUUUCUGCUUCGCAUCUGUGAUGAUGGUGA